GUUUGUGAAAAUGGUCCAAUCCGGUUUGAACAGACAGUGGUUGUCGACGAAUAGAGAGCCUUCACUGUGUUGUGGACUGUUGUUACAUCCAAUGGACAGGGUGGUACUGGUAAUAGCCUGUCCGCGGUGCGGUGGUGAACACACUGGAUGGGACAGGACAGCGCUACAUGGGGGACGGAGGCGACAGCGGCUGGUACCAACGCUCCUACACCCCGGAGAGACAACCCCGCACUCUGGAGCAAUCUAGGGCUUUACGACGCUCCGAUAUCGGGAAUUAACUCAAUGAAAUAACCAAACCGAGCAUGAACGCAUCGCAUUUGAGUCUCUCCUCCUCCGAGCAUGGACUGACCAAAUCUCUCUCUGGAUGAUUUGAUGGGGCUGCUCAGAGUCAUGAUGCCGCCCAAGUUGCAGCUUCUGGCGCUGCUGGCGUUCGCAGUGGCCAUGUUCUUCCUGGAGAACCAGAUCCAGAAGCUGGAGGAGUCCCGGGGAAAGCUCGAACGAGCCAUCGCCAGACACGAGGUACGAGAGAUCGAGCAGCGGCACACGCAGGACGGUCUGCGGGAACGGGAAUCAUCGGUCUCGUUGCCGUCCAACAACGAUGAUGACAUUGUCAUCAUCUACAACCGCGUGCCCAAGACGGCCAGCACCUCCUUCACCAACAUCGCCUACGAUCUGUGCGGGAAGAACCACUACCACGUCCUGCACAUCAACACCACCAAGAACAAUCCGGUCAUGUCCAUACAGGACCAGGUGCGGUUUGUAAAGAAUGUGACUGAGUGGAGGGAAAUGAAGCCAGCUUUCUACCACGGACACGUCUCCUUCCUGGACUUCACCAAGUUUGGGGUGAAGAGAAAGCCCAUCUACAUAAACGUGAUCCGGGACCCCAUUGAAAGGCUGGUGUCCUAUUAUUACUUUUUGCGUUUCGGGGACGACUACCGGCCCGGCUUGAGACGCAGGAAACAAGGAGACAAAAAGACGUUUGAUGAAUGUGUAUCAGCUGGCGGCUCAGACUGUGCCCCUGAGAAGCUCUGGCUCCAGAUUCCCUUUUUCUGUGGUCACUACUCUGAAUGCUGGAACGUGGGCAGCCAGUGGGCUCUGGAGCAGGCCAAAUACAACCUGGUGAAUGAAUACAUGCUGGUCGGAGUAACAGAAGAGCUGGAGGACUUCGUCAUGAUGCUGGAGGCCGCGUUGCCACGCUUCUUCAAAGGAGCCACCGAGCUGUACAAAACAGGGAAGAAAUCCCACCUGAGGAAGACCAGUGAGAAAAAGCCGCCCACAAAGGAGUCUAUCGCCAAGCUGCAGCAGUCGGCCAUCUGGAAGAUGGAGAAUGAGUUCUAUGAGUUUGCACUGGAGCAGUUCCAGUUUGUCAGGGCACAUGCUGUCAGAGAAAAGGAUGGGGAACUCUACCUGCUGGCACAGAACUUCUUCUACGAGAAAAUCUACCCCAAAAACUAAAGCGACACGUGUCCGUAGAAGAGUGUGGAGAGGACACUCGGUAGGGGGCUCAGAUGUGCAGCCUAUGAUGAAAAAAAAGAAGAAAAGUGAGACUAAUAGACUACUGGUGACUGUGUGGUUGGUUUGUACGUGUGAUUGAGAACAUAAUGUGGAGCUGCAGAAUAAUAAGACUGGUGACAGCUCUGUUAUUCACAUCAACGCCAGCCAACUGGACGAGGAGCUCACUUUUCGUCAGCAGAUUGUGUUCCUAGCAGCCCCACCCCCCUUCCAGGCCUCCACUCCCUUUCACUUCCAUUUCAAAGGUCGUCUGCGCCGAGGGCCUCCACCGACACAUGUCCGGAGACAGCCUGUCCAACAGCUGGUCAGAGCUCGUCUCCUGAUUGGUUUCGCUGUUCUCCAAUCCAGACAAAACAUUUUCAUUGGCUCUGUACUGUUUGGUUGUGUUUGAUUGUAUUUUAACUCUUUACUAUGGUUGUCUUUUUGUAUGUAAGACGGUGACAUUUUCCAUGGUGAAACAACAUGCCCAUGCCUCACCACUACUACUAACUUAAAGAGAUUUUAAGUGUAAGAAACUGACUACUGUGCUGUAUUAUUGGACUUGAAUGAGAACUUUUGAGGUUUUUAUGAAAUAAAAAUCCUGUGACCAUGGACUAUUUACUCGGCCAAGUGCGUACGUUUUAUACUGUACUUGAUAUGUUUUGUUGGAAGACUCGUAGAUGUGCAGCUUUGCCCGGGGGCUUUUCCUCGGUUAUGAAGGAAGCAUUUUACACAUGAUAUUACUGAAGUGUGUAAGAACAUGAAGGUAAAGAUGCUGCUGCUGUAAAUAUUUACUACUUUUUCAGUCAGUUUCAUUCACAGACAGAUUUGCUACAGUAUAAAAUCAACCCAUUUAUACUGUUAACGCCCUUUUAAAGUUGCAGUCUGUAUUUUAUCAUGUUUGUAAAUUUCUUUCAACUCUUUCAUUUCCCUUUUUAGUCUGAAUUUUAUUUUUUAUCAUGUUCUUUUCAUUGUAUAACCAGUAUUGUAUUGCCUAAAGGAAUAUUUGACAUUUUGGAAAAUAUGUUUAUUUGCUUUCUUGUCAAGAGUCAGAUGAGGAGAUUGCUACCGCUCCUAUUAUCAGUCCCUUAAAUAUAUAGCUUAGCCUUUAGACUGUAAGGGGGGGGGGGUAACCUGUCACUUGUGAAAGUGACAGCUAACCUGUCACUUUCCCCAACCUCACUGUGAACUGUGUGUUGACAGACAUGUUAAUUAAUGACCUGUAGAAGGAGGAGGUUGGGUGAAUUGUUACUUUUAGACAGAAGCAGGCUCGCUGUUUCCCCUUGUUUCCAGUCUUUAUGCUACGCCAGCCAGCUGCAGCAUUAUGUUUUAUGAACUGAUGAAAAAGUAGUAUGGAUCUUCUCAGCAAGAAAGCUCAAAAUGUCAAACUACUUCUUAAAAUAUCUGCUGUUUUUUUUUUUUUUUUGCAAUUGUCCACAUAAAAUAUGGUGGUGAGAUUGGUAAUAAUUUGGUUGUGUAGUUUUCUUCUCUCAUUGGCUUUAUUGCAGCUUUAAUAGCCUUUUACUGGCCAAUUAAAGAUCUCCUCUCCCCUUCAUACAUUUCUAACUAACAGUUGGAAAAGUUUAAAGUGACAUAAUGUUACCCCCUCAACUAAUUCACCUCUGUCUUAUCAAGAAGUUGUACUAAUGUAAAGCAACACAUUGCUUCAGCAGGAAGAGCUGCACAGAAUGUUUCUACUGGAUCACAUUUUCUUAAGUAUUUAAAUCUACAUAUGAGUACCUACUCAUUUUCAUCUAGGGACAUACUAUAUUUCACCUCUCAGUUUCUGUGUGCCUUCUUUACACUCAGCUCUCCUUGUUGUGUUGCAGCUUUGUCAGAUGGAACAUAAAAACAACAUGGCUGCCA